AACGAAACAGAACACGGGCGACGUGGACGUGAUUUUCCAAGCAGAAGCAGAGAGCGUGAUAGUAGACUAUCGCCGUCGCCUACUGCAGCCGCUGGUCGAGGGCGCGCUGCAUAUCCUUCCUCAUCGCAUCACCACCGCCCUCGUUCAACCUCUGCACAUAGGGCCCACGAUCCUGACCGCGAACGACCUACCCAUUAUCGCCGUCGACACCACCAUCAUCACCAUCACCAACACGACUCGGCGCGCACUCAGCCAUCCCUCCCACCAGCCGACGAAGCUCCUGUAUCGUCGCUGAACACAAGACGUCCAAGUCCUUCUCCAGCUCCAUCGACAAGCUCGAGAUACGCCAAGCGUCAACCACGAGAUUACUCUCCUCGAUCUGCACGUCCGUACGACCAGCGACCGUAUUCAGAUAGACCCCUACCAGGUCGAAGACCUCAGUCGCCCGAUCCAUACCCGCAGAGACGACGUUCUCGUUCGGUCGAAUCUCGCUACAGCUCGCGCCAACCCAGGUAUCCGUCCGAAAGAGACCGCUACAACGACCGUCGCCGAUACUCUCCACCUCCUACCAGAGGUUAUCGUUCAUCAGGCCACUCGUCUCGCGGUCGUCCUGACAAUAAUUACGCUUCUCGUCAUAGCAAACCUCCAGCACGCUCGCCUCCCCGAGACGUCCGACGCUCUGACUCACCGUCAGACGACCUGAUAUCGCAGUUGGCAAGUACUGCAAGACCUGAAGAAGCAAAGUCUAGCAGACGUCGAGGUCCAUCAGCACACUCUCGCCGCUCUUCGAGGUCGCCUCGGCCAGACAAUCGUCGACCUUACAGGCAGGAUCCACCUCGCUACCGUGAAAGAGAGAGAGAAAGAGAUAGAGAUUACGCAAGAGAUUACGACAGAGAUUACGGACGCAACCGGGAGUACGAUCGAGGAGGACGCCGCGAAUACUACGACAGAAGGGAACGCUAUCGCGACGAGCGCGAACCAGACGCAAUGUACGGUAGGGGCGGUCCUCCUCGGCAGCCUAUGUCUCGCCCAUACGUAGACCCACGAUAUUCGCAGUCACCACAAUAUCCGCCCCCUGGACCAUCUCCACCGCACGCUCAGUCUCCCUAUGGUCGUGCGUAUCCUCCACAACAACCUUAUGCUAGCUACCAAGNNGCUAUCCACCCCCAGCAGCAAGUCCUUAUUAUCAAGCGCAGCCACCGCCACCGCAUUAUGCAGCUCCGCCUCCAGCUUCUGCAUAUCCACCUCAAUCCUCGUACCGCGGACCUCCCUCUCGUGGAUACAAUGGCCCACAACGACCGCCUGCUUCUCUUCAGGGUCCUCCUCCUCCUGCUGGUAGAGGGGGGUCGUGGUGGUCAUNUUUCCAAUCUAUCUUGGACUCCCUCAAGUGGUAUCAGAGGCGGGAAAAUAGCCUCAAAACGGGAAACUUCCAUAUCCGGCACUGAGACUCCCCUCGCACCAGGUUCGAUGACCGAGUCUGUCGACGAUGAUGACAAUCCAUUCAGACCGCCUAAGGACCUUCGAGCCGAGGAUGAAAGCGAGAAGAGGAAGUCAGGCAUUAGCUUUUCCAUCAAAGGAAUGGCUGGGAGAAUCGAUUCUUCGGCACCGCACAAACCGGCUCCGCUGGUUGCGCCUCGCACGAGGAAAGAAAUUGUUGUUCGCAAACGGCUGAAGCCCAAGCCAAAGUUGACGGGAGAGUUUGCUACCUCGGACUCGGUGUACUACCGCAAGACUGGCAACGAGUCAGUUGUUGGGUCUGGCACUUACGGUAAAGUGUACAAGGCUGUCCACGUCUACACCGGAGACAAAGUCGCACUCAAAAAGAUAAGAAUGGAAGGAGAGCGUGAUGGCUUCCCAGUGACAGCAAUCCGCGAGAUCAAACUUNUGCAAUCUCUGAACCACACUAACGUGGUCAAGUUGCAAGAAGUCAUGGUCGAGCGCAACGACUGUUUCAUGAUUUUCGAGUACCUCUCACACGAUUUGACUGGGUUGUUGAAUCACCCAUCUUUCGUGUUGACCGAAGGGCACAAGAAAGACCUGGCAAAGCAACUGUUCGAGGGUCUUGAUUAUCUUCACAAACGCGGUGUCCUUCAUCGCGAUAUCAAAGCUGCCAACAUCCUUGUGUCUCGCAAUGGUGAGCUGAAAUUGGCUGAUUUUGGUCUUGCACGAUUUUACAACAAGAACGCGAAACGAAAGCAAGACUACACCAACAGAGUCAUCACCAUUUGGUACCGCUCGCCUGAGUUGUUGUUGGGAGAGACGCAGUACGGACCAGCAGUCGACAUCUGGUCAGCCGCUUGCGUCUUGGUUGAGAUCUUCACCAAGCAUGCCAUCUUCCCAGGUGAUGGUGGCGAGAUCAACCAGCUCGACAAGAUCUACAAUGUCCUUGGUACUCCGUCGCGCUCGACUUGGCCAGGAAUAGUGGAUCUGGCUUGGUACGAGCUUCUACGGCCAGCGCACAAGGUGCCCUCGACCUUUGCCGAGAAGUACCAAGAACGUGUAUCACCAGCAGCGUUUGAUCUUUUGAGCGCCAUGUUUGUCUUUGACCCCGACACGAGACCCACAGCGAGCGACGUGCUGGAGCAUCCAUACUUCACGACAGAGGAACCAAAGGCGAGCAAGGUGGUGGAACUGAAAGAUCUGGAAGGUGAUUGGCACGAAUUUGAGAGCAAGGCAUUACGCAAGGAGAAGGAGCGUGAAGCAAGAAGAAAGGACAAGGAAAGUGCAGAGAAGCGGAAGCUUGAAAUGCCGGCAGGCGACGAGAGAGAGCUCAAGAGAGUGAAGACUGGCGAUGCACAAGCA